AUGGAGUCAGCCACUAAUAAUACUCUAGUUGUCCUUAAAGUUGACUUUAAAAAUGCGUUCAACACGAUAUCCCGGGAAGCCGUGUUAGCCGCCGUGGAUAAGCACUUUCCCGAAUACAGUAAUUUUAUACGCAAUGCCUACGGACACCGCUCCUCUUUGUUUCUGGAAGACCUCUCGUUAUCGUCGGAAUCUGGAGUGCAACAAGGAGAUCCGUUAGGCCCUCUCCUGUUCAGCCUCGUUCUCCAUCCUGUCGUGACAGCCCUGCAAGCGGAACUAAACGCUUGGUUCCUAGAUGACGGAACCCUGGGCGGUACUCCAGCGGCUGUAGCCGAAAGCUUUGACAAGGUAGUACAAGAUGCACAAGCCAUCGGUUUGAACGUCAACGAGGCAAAGUGUGAAUUAAUCGUCAUCGGUGGAUCAGAAGAGUCUCAGCGGACAGUGGCCGAAUAUUUUCUGGAUCGAUAUCCCAGUCUGCGCAUAGUAUCAAAAUCCAGUAUGUCCCUCCUGGAUGAUGCAAUAGCUCCCAUGCUUUCUGAAAAAGCCACCACACUAACCACGGCUUAUGAACGCUUGCAACUGUUACCAAAUCAUCAGUCAUUGUUCCUCCUGAAGAAUUGUCUAGGCGCCCCCAAAAUAAUCUACAUGCUACGUUGCUGCAACGCCUGGAAGCACCCAAAACUGCUUUAUCAGCUCGACGACGCGCUGCGUCUGUGUUUUCAGAACCUGUCCAAUGUCCGCACGAACCAGAAUGACUACCCGUGUUGGCGUCAAGCAUCACUGCCCGUUAGUAGAGGUGGUAUUGGCAUCCGCCGGUCGGAGGAAUUACCUCUCCCAGCUUUCUUGGCUUCGAUUCACUCCGUUUCUGGUUUGGUUUUGGCGUUACUUCCUACAGGCGGAGCACUUGAUAGCACGGAAGCCCAAGAAUUAUGGAAGUUAAAGGCGUCUCAGCUGGAAAUCCCCGAACCUGCCUUCCGAAAGGCGCAAAAAGCAUGGGAUUUGCCUCUUUGUAAUGUCUCCUUGGCCGCGCUGCUAAACGUUUUUCAGAACGACGAUGUCAACAAAGCCCGCCUACUUGCCCAGUCUAAACCGGAAGCCGGCAUCUGGUUGAAUGCGCUGCCUUCUGGCCACAUCGGAAAUUUGCUCGACGAUGACACCCUCAAGAUCAGCACUGGACUUCGCUUGGGCGCGAAAAUCUGCGAGCCACACCAAUGCAGCAAAUGUCAUAGACCAGUGGACGGUUACGGUCAUCACAGAUUGUCCUGCCCUUUCUCCGCAGCGGAGAAUUACACCGCCGAGAUGGGCAGGAUAGGCCGACAAGAGCGACGUCAGAUUGACUCAGCAGCCGACUUGGAAAGACGGAUACGAGCACAGAAACGACUCCUGCGCCCGUCAGGAACGUCAGCACCGACCACACUGGCGGUGAUUGACGAAGAAAUCCGACUAGCCCGGUUGGAUGGCUUAGCGAAAAACCGCGACAAAGCGCUCCAUGAGAUCAGCGAAGUGAAGAAAAGAUUGGCCAGACUUGACCCAACCGACGAGCAUUACUCCUCAACUGUCCAGUGCAACAACGAGCAAAUAGCGUUGGACUAA